AAUCGUAGACCCAUCAGCUAUCCAUCACGAUCACUCAGUGAUGCUGAGAAACGCUAUGCUGUCAUAGAGGAAGAAGCACUAGCAGGAGUUUGGGCAUGUGAGAAGUUUAGUGAAUAUGUUGUGGGCAUGAAUUUUGUCCUAGAAACUGACCACAAGCCCCUUCAAACCCUCUUCAACACCACUGAGCUUUCCAAGACACUACCGCGUAUCCCGCGGUUUCGCCUUAGGUUAAUGAGAUUCAGCGUCACUGUCCGAUAUGUGCCUGGGAAACACCAGCUAACAGCUGACGCACUCUCCCGUGUACCUACAGAAAAUCCCAGAGAAAAGGCCGAGCAGUUUGUAGACGAGUUAGAGAGCUUUGCAGCCCAAACAGUGUUCACACUCCCAGCGACUACACAGCGCCUGUCACAGAUGCGAGAGGCACAAAUCGCUGACGAAGAAUGCGCUCAAAUCAGGAACUAUUGCAGUCAAGGAUGGCCAGCAUAUAUGCCUCACCAACCCUUACUACGUCCCUACUGGGAAAACAGAGCCCAUUUCAGCAUUGUUGAUGACUUGCUUCUCUGGGACGAGCGCAUAGUGAUUCCCAGGUCCAUGAGACUGGAGAUACUUGGCUGCAUUCAUGCUGGUCACCUUGGUAUAACCAAGUGCCGAGUUAGAGCCCGAACCUCUACAUGGUGGCCAGGGCUGUCUACGCAGAUUGAAAACAUGGUGGCAAAUUGUAGCAUCUGUACCAAAGAUCGCCCUGAGCUCAAAGAACCACUCAUGUCAACCUCCUUCCCUUCACGUCCAUGGAAAAGGCUAGCUGCCGAACUCUUUGAACUCAAAGGAAAGGUCUACUUGAUUGUCGUUGAUUACUAUUCAAGAUGGUUUGAGAUCAAGAAACUGAAUGACCAAUCAUCUGCCAGAGUCAUUUUAAUCCUGAAAGAACUAUUUUCCACACAUGGCAUACCUGACAUCAUUGUAUCAGAUAAUGGCCCACAAUUCAGCUCUGAUUUUGAAGCCAGCCUUUCCCUCUGUAGCCUAACUGUCGCACCUCGCGAUCACGCACUGCCCGUGGACCAAACACCUCCAAAGGUUUCUACCCAUGUGCGAGAGAAUCUACCGGCUGAACCUUCAACACCUGCCGGAUCCACAACAGCUGUGUCAACCCAAGAAGGCCAACCGAACACUGGGAACUCUCUUAUGGAGCGUGUUACACGCUCAGGACGAGUAGUAAAACCGCCACAACGGCUAGAUCUGUGA